CGACAUCAACCGUUACUAAUCAGCAGGCCUGUCACAGCCGUCGGCCUUCCCUUAUAUACCCGUCCGCCUGAUUCGCCGUCUCUAUCUGAAGGGUUUACAUAAUGUUCAGCCGUAUUGCGUCUAGGGCUGCUCGCCGCGCUCUGCCUUCGGCAAACCGUGCUUUCUCGACUUCCCGUGUCGCCCGCGCCGAGGUUGAGUUGACUAUCGAUGGAAAGAAGGUUUCUAUUGAGCAGGGAUCCGCGUUGAUCCAGGCUUGUGAGAAGGCCGGUGUCUCUAUCCCAAGAUAUUGUUACCACGAGAAGCUCCAGAUCGCCGGUAACUGCCGUAUGUGUCUUGUUGAAAUGGAGCGCGCACCAAAGCCUGUCGCCUCUUGCGCCAUGCCCGUUCAGGCCGGUAUGGUCAUCAAGACCGACACCCCUCUCGUUCACAAGGCCCGUGAAGGUGUCAUGGAGUUCUUGCUGGCCAACCACCCUCUCGACUGUCCUGUCUGUGACCAGGGAGGAGAGUGUGAUUUGCAGGACCAGAGUAUGAGGUACGGAAGCGACCGGGGGAGGUUCCACGAGAUCACCGGAAAGAGGGCUGUGGAGGACAAGAACAUCGGACCCGUCGUAAAGACCAGCAUGAACAGGUGUAUUCACUGCACACGUUGUGUCCGUUUCGCCAACCAGAUCGCCGGUGCUCCUGAGCUCGGUAGUACCGGCCGUGGUAACGACAUGCAGAUCGGCACUUACAUCGAGCAGGCCCUCGACUCUGAGAUGUCCGGUAACGUUGCCGACCUUUGCCCCGUCGGUGCCCUCACCCACAAACCCUAUGCUUUCCGCGCUCGUCCUUGGGAGUUGAAGAAGACCGAGUCCAUCGAUGUUAUGGACGGUCUUGGUUCCGCUAUUCGUGUCGACUCUCGUGGCGUCCAGGUUAUGCGUGUCGUGCCCCGUUUGAACGACGAUGUCAACGAGGAGUGGAUUUCCGACAAGACCCGUUACGCUUACGACGGUCUCUCCGCUCAGCGUCUCACCAACCCCCUCGUUAAGAACGGCAACCGCUUCGAGCCCGCUUCCUGGGAGCAGGCCUUGAACCAGAUCGCUGAGGCCUACAAGCGUUUGUCUCCUAAGGGCGAUGAGCUCAAGGCUAUUGCUGGUCAGCACGCCGAUGCCGAGUCCAUGGUCGUCCUCAAGGAUCUCGUCAACAAGCUCGGUUCCGAGAACUUGGCUCUUGACAUCCCCAACGGCUCCAAGCCUCCUGCUCACGGUGUUGACGUCCGUUCCAACUACCUCUUCAACGCCACCGUCCCCGGAAUCGAGGACGCUGACCAGAUCCUCAUCGUCGGCUCAAACCCCCGUCACGAGGCUUCUGUCCUUAACGCCCGUAUCCGCAAGGCAUGGCUCCGCGAUGGGAUGGAGAUCUCCCUCGUCGGUGAGAAGAUCGACACUACCUUCGACUAUGAGCACUAUGGAGAGUCCGGCGCCGCCUUGAAGAAAGCCCUCGCUGGUGACCUCGGCAAGAAGCUCGCUGGUGCCAAGAAGCCCAUGAUCAUCGUCGGUUCUGGUGUCACCGAGCACGCCGAUGCUAAGGCCAUCUACGAGAUCCUCGGUCAGUUCGUCCACAAGAACAACGGUGUCUUCUUCAACGAGGAGUGGAACGGAUACAACGUUCUCCAGCGCCAGGCUUCUCGUGCCGCCGCCUACGAUAUCGGUUUCGUUCCCCCAUCAGAGGCCGUCGCGCAGACCACCCCCAAAUUCAUCUGGUUGUUGAACGCCGAUGAGGUUGCCGCUGCUGACCUCCCCAAGGACGCUUUCGUCGUCUACCAGGGCCACCACGGUGAUGUCGGUGCUCAGUUCGCCGAUGUCGUUCUCCCCGGAGCCGCUUACACGGAGAAGUCCACCACCUUCGUUAACACUGAGGGUCGUACCCAGGUCACCCGCGCCGCCGUCAACCCCCCCGGUGUCGCCCGUGUUGACUGGAAGAUCAUCCGUGCCGCCGCCGAGGUCCUCGAGGUCUCCCUCCCUUACGACGACAUCCACUCCGUCCGUGACCGCAUGAACGACAUCGCACCAUCCCUCUCCAGAUACGACCUCGUCGAGCCCUCAACACUGGCAGCACUCGGUGUCAAGGCACAGUUGGUUGAUGCGAACAAGGGCAGCAAGCCUACGGACGCACCAAUGAAGAGAGUGAUUGAGGACUUCUACAUGACUGAUGUUAUUUCGAGGUCUUCGGCGACUAUGGCGAGAUGUUCGGCGACUGGAUACAAGCACAACAACCCUGACCUGAGAGAUCCAUCAGUGCAGCCUAAGCCUGAGGUUGCUUACGGUUAGAUGGUGAAGGAUGUUGUGUAAGAAGAAG